AUGGCUCGUUUCUCAGGAAAAGUCGCUAUUGUUACAGAUAUCACAACUUCCAAAGGUCAAGAUCUCAUAAUCUCUUCAACAUUGAAGAAGUUCGGCCAAAUCAACAUUCUCAUCAACAACGCAGGUGCCAAUCUUCCAGAUGCAUCCGGAAAUACCAGAAGUAACUGUGCCAUCGAGAAUCUUCAAAAGAUGCUUCAAUUGAAUCUUCAAAGUGUCGUUGAGAUGACCCAAAAAACUCGUCCACAUCUGGCAAAAACUCGUGGAGAGAUUGUUAACAUUUCGAGCAUCGGAGCAGCGGCUCGCGGACUCAGUGCGGAGGACUCCUUGAAAUUCUACAAUUCAAUGGGAGAAAUACCACAUUGUAUUCCAGCCGGAUACUGUGGACAACCGGAGCAUCUCGCUUCGGUUAUCGCCUUCCUGGCAGAUCGGAAAGCAUCUGAAUACAUUGUUGGACAAACUAUCAUCGCUGAUGGUGGAACUUCGUUAGUGCUUGGAAUGCACUCCGUCUUCGGUGUCAAGAAAUAA